CCACUUGAUCUCCUCAAGGUUCAUCUUCAGACUCAGCAAGUGGCUCAGCUUAGUGGUGGGCAGAUGGCAGUACAAAUAGUGAAAAAACAAGGUUUCCUAGCCCUUUAUAAUGGUCUGUCUGCUUCUCUUCUCAGGCAGAUCACCUAUUCAACCACACGUUUUGCCAUAUAUGAGGUUUUCAAGCAAAGGAUGGCAGAUUCCUCUGGUUCUGUGCCUUUUUACAAGAGAGUAGGCCUGGCAGGUUUUGCCGGGGCAUGUGGAGGAUUUGUCGGCACCCCUGGGGAUAUGAUUAAUGUCCGAAUGCAGAAUGACAUCAAGCUUCCUGCUGAUCAGAAAAGAAAUUACAAGCAUGCAUUGGAUGGAGUGGUGAGAGUAGUGAGAGAAGAAGGCGUGCCCCGACUCUUCAGAGGUGCUUCCACAGCUACAUUCAGGGCAGUGUUAAUGACCAUUGGACAGCUUUCCUUCUACGACCAAAUCAAGGGGCUGCUGCUGAACACCCCUUAUUUUAGUGACAACCUCAUCUGCCACUUUACUUGUUCCCUGGCUGCUGGAGCUAUUGCCACCACUAUGACCCAGCCUGUGGAUGUGAUCAAGACACGUGCUAUGAAUGCAAGGCCAGGAGAGUUUAGGGGACUGUGGCACAUCAUCACCUACACUGCCACAAUGGGACCUCUUGGCUUCUUUAAGGGGUAUGUGCCAGCCUUUGUCCGCCUCGGCCCACACACUAUCAUUACUUUCAUAUUCUUUGAGCAACUCCGGAAAAACUUCGGAAUAGUGAAGCAACCUUCAGUUUAAAGGUAAUAGAAAUCCUACUAACUAGUGCAAUAAUAUAUCCACUUAGUUGUUUUUUUCACAUUUCAACAACGAUACUUUUCAGUUCAUGCAUUUUCCUCUUGAGAUUGAAAAUUCUGGGCCAUUACUCUACAGUGCCUCACUAAUGUGCUUCCAAUCAUAUAUGCAGUUUAUUAUAAUGAACUGUUCAUUAUGGUUACGAUGAACCUAGCAGUGUUAAUCCUCCCAUCAUGUUGGGACAUUUUUGACAAACUGAGUACAGGAGUAAGAAGGAACCAUGGGUGUAUCAAGGAGAGUGUAUUCAUGACCAGUUUCAUUCAAUGUUUCUUCGCCUUAAUACACCCUUCUUUACCUCACAUUAUUGUCAUUUGACUAACUAAAACUUGUUUAUUGAUUUAGGAAAGCUCUCUAUAAGAACUGCAGCUUCAGGAUUUGUAACAGUGUAGUGUUUUCAUGAAAAUAAUCACAACCAGGUGAAUAAGCAGGUGGGGAGAGGAGGAGGAAGGGACAUGGGCUGAGCAAGGGGAAAGGUACAAAUAUAAAGACAGCAGUAACAGCCUCUUAACCAAAAAGUGUAUGUAUAUUAACCACAAAAUUUUUAAAUAUAUAAAGGUCAUGCUUGAUGACUAGUAUGGCCAUUUUCCUUGAUAAGAGAUAUUUCAAGGAGCAAGGUGUUUUUUAUAAAAAACAAAUGACAAAUUCUUGCAUUAUGUGUUUAUGUAAGAAAGGGUCUGCUGAAUGUUAAAGUUGCCUUAAUAUUUAACAAAACAUGACUGUAGCAAUUAAGGGAUCUUCUCUGCUAAACUUUAACAUAAUAUUUCCAAGUAAAUUUGCCAAAAAAAUAAAUUAACAAAUUGAAGUUUACACCAACUUGGAGAUAAGGUGAUUGAUAUUUUUUUUGCAAGCAAUUAAUAUUUCAGAAUAUACUCCAACUGAGAUAUCUUGAGUAUAAUUUUGAAAAUAGAGUAGGAUUUCACUUUUGGUAAUUAAUUAGUAGUGUAAAAAGCAUCACAAAAAUGGAAAUUGCUAAAAUGGUUAUACAGGUAGUCCUCGAGUUAUGAUGUAAGCAACUUGCAACUACUUGCACUUACGACGAGGCCAAUAAUAUUAGUAAAACUUGGUUAAGUAAUGAGUUGACAUUUCAAAUAUCCUGCCACUGGUAGAGCAGCUGUUUGUUUACACAGCGCUCUCAAGCCUCCCCUCCUGCCCCCACCCCACCACCGUUCUCAGUCCUCACGUAGUGGCAGAAGGGGGAGAGGGUGGGUGGGUUGGGGCAGUCCACCCACCCUUCCCCCUCAAUUGCCCUUGGAACUUAAGCUGUAACUAUUGCUCACAUUGCAGUCACUAGUGGAAUGAGUCUAUCCAGCUAUCUCCGCUGUUUACAAGUCUCAGCUAUGUUUGGUUCACCCGUUAGCCCCCAUAGCUCCCCGCAAGGGAGGGGGGGAGCCAAACCAGACAGUCGAUCAGUUGAUCGCAACCAAAAUGGCAUCCCAUAACAACAACAUCCUAAUAAUAUUUUCGCAGCACCCCUUAUAGGCGACCAUUUACUGGAAAGAACAAUCAUAGUUGAACAAAAUAUUCACAGAAGGUAAGAAGAUGCCGUGAAGGUGACACUGGCUAGUCGUACCAAAGAGUAUAGAAAGUAAAGAGAGGACACUCACCCCAAUCCAUAUAACCAGGGCGAUGGAGGCGCACCAAGCAGUAAGCACGUAAAGUUACUCGGCAGAAGAUAAACAACAUGACGGGCACUCAGUGAGAUGCUGCUAUAAAUUACAUUAAUACUCGCAAGAAAAUGCUUUAAGCUAUCAUUUUUAAUUAUUAUUAUUUCCAAAGAACAAAGAAAGGUUUGUCAUGUAUUUUUGAUUACUUGUCAGACACCUCAGUCAGUAAGUCAGCCACACUAUCAUCACCACCACCAGUCAACCAGUCAACCACCCCACCCAGCCACAACCAGUCAGCCACAUGAGCCUACAAGUGGUUAUAUAAACAUAUCAGAAAUAUUACGUUUAUAGGCUAUCUACGCAGGUGUAGCCUCUCAGAUUUGCUAUGAGAGGCUGCAUUUGUGUUACAGCCUACAAGUGGUUACAGAAGGAACAUAUGGUGCUAGUAGUUUUAGAUAAAGAUCCAAACCACAGUCAAAGGCCAUGUGUCGAGUGGGGAGGUAGGUACAAGCUGUCAGUGACUAGCAACACUCAUGUGCAAUGACAGGCGACACUCGUGUGUAUUAUCCGCUCAUAUAUUCCCCUUAGAAUAUUAACAAGCUUUCCGAAUCAGUGUGGGGGCUUCGUGGUGCAGUGGUUAGCACACUCAGCUCACAAUCGAGAGAGCCCGGGUUCGAUUCCCGGGCGGAGUGGAAAAAUUUGGGCGGCUUUUCCGAUACCCUACGCCCCUGUCCACCCAGCAGUGAAUGGGUACCAGGUAUUAAUCGUGGGUCGUGUCCCGUCUCCUGGGGUCUGUUCCCUUCUAUAAUUCCUUCCCCAUCUAUCUCUCUCCGGCAUAUGACCACAGAUGUUGUGCCGACUAAACGAAACUUUCCAACUUCCGAAUCAGUGGAUCAUUAUAUAAGUGAAUGAAUAAAGAAGCAAUACACAUUGCAACAACCCAAACAAGUGCUAACAUUCGCUCAGACAUCGGUGUGUUGGGUGCCAACACAUUCAGCUGCCAUCACAAGUUACAAGCGUGCAGCUUGGAGCUUUACCGUCGCCCUGGUUACAGGUUUCCCAUCGCGGAGUGCACGAGGGUCCUCUCUUUACUGUUUAUACUCUUUGGUCAUAACUCUUCUUUUUAGAACCAUCAUCAGCAUCUGGUCUGGAUUUGCUCUGUGAAACUAGAAAGUCCUGAGGUAGAUUGGCAGAUCCUAUCCUUUUGGUAGCAGUCAUAUUGAUACUUAUUUCUGCUAUUUAUCACAUUUUACUUUCCCUGGUGGUGUCUGAGAGCCCCAAAGAUAGGUAUUGGUGGUUGGUUAAUAUUGAGACAGAUAUGUGCUAAAAAGGGCAAAAAAAAUAGGUAAAAAAUAGUGUGAUGGUGAGUGAGGAGGAAGAGGAAUUUCGAACACUUUCUGAUGCAAUAUACAAUGCUUCGUGCAGGUCGUACAGUAGUUGUUCACACAUACAGCUGCAAACAAAAACGUAGGCAGCCAUCUUCACCACUUUGCCAGGACUACAAAAACAUAGCUCCAAGCACCAAUGGAAAACUAGCCAUAAGUCAGCCACAGUGCAGAUAAGGGCUGUGGGUGUCAUCAACUACAAGCUGCCUCUGGUUUCUGAUCAGGCAGAUCAUGAUCGGAUCAGUGAUCUGAAAUGGAUUCCAGAUAUCAGUGGUAAAUAGAACAUGAGCUUAGCAACCAGAUCAGUGACAUGAAACAGAUCAUCGUAAAUAGAAGAGGCCUUCAUAAUUGCAAUGUGCCCUUUGUCUACCUUGUCCCCCACUUCCCUGUCAACACAAAACCCCGUAUAACAACCUGGUGGGGAUUUGACCAUCUUGACCAUUUCGCAGUAUUCCGCAGCAUUGGUUACGAGUUUAAAUCUCGUGCGUCACGAUAGAAUGGCCGUACGUACUGCUUCAACCAAUCAGAGCGUUAGUAUUGUUUUCUCGGCCACUGAUUGGCUGUUGUGUUUUAGAAGCAUCUCGCUGCUUCGCAUCUCGCAGGGAGAGAAGCUGUUCGCCUUGUUCUGUCUCAGUUCUGCAUGUCUCCCUAUAGUGUACGGUGUGUUUAUAUUGUUUUAAAAGUGUGUUUAAAGACAUUAAAAUGCUUUUAAAAGUACCGUAAAAGUUAUAAGAACAUGCCUAGGGUGUAUUUAAAGAGUAUUUCUAUUUCGCGGAUUUUCACUUAUCACGGGCGGGUCUGGAACGUAACCCCCGCGAUGGAGGGGGAUUACUGUAUUCCAAAAUCCAAAAAAAUCCGAACUCCACAACACUUUCGGUCUCAUGAAUUUUGGAUAAGGGAUUCUCAACCUAUAGCUCAAUUUUGUAACAUUGUACAAUGUUGGGUUGCUACAGGUUCAACCAAACACAGCUGAGGUGAGGUGAGCACAUGAGGACAGAGGCUGAGUAAGGGGAAGGGUAGGAGGCACAGGAACCCUGCUGUAUCUGCAGUGUGACAUAUGAAUAAUAAUUUACAUUUUUUCAGUGUAAAUUUUGACUUUCGACCAGUCCACCUUAUGACCAGCCUGUCGGUCCCAAACCCCGUCAUAACUCGAGGACUACCUCUAUUCUGUGUGAAAGGGUCUUGUCUCAGGAGCCCUCGUCUGUGAAUACAAAAACACAAUUCUAAACCAAAGUACUUUUAUACUGUGGCUCUUUAUACAAAAGAAAUAAUAAGUGAUUGUCUAUUGCAGAAAACUUUUCGAAGGUUUAUGAAAAAUGUUUUACUUCGUGCGGCAACCUACACUGCCCAGUACUGCUGGGAGGCAGAAAGACAGACGUUCCCCAGUUUUUCAUACUGUAUUUACUUUGCGGCCGUUACGCCGAGCGCCCCGCUGCCGAGAUGCAGCUACAUCUUGCUAUAAAAAGCUGCCGAACUCCCUUCGUUUCCACUUUAUCUAAAAUAUGACAACACCAUUGUGUUCAGGAUAACUUUCCCCAUCAGAUGCCACCAUUAUUAUGAACUGUCGUUUAGCAGUUCCAUGAAAUAAUCAGUGAAGAAUAAAAUGGGGUAUGAGCAUCUAUAACUCCAUCUUUCACUUCACCACUCCGUAAUUUCUUUAAUUUUUGGUUUACAGAGAAUUAACAAACACAUGUGAGAUCUACAAUCAUUGCUGAGUAUAAUGGUACCAACCAAAAUGACUGAUCUUGCAUAUGAGAUGAGUUAGAGCAAAAAAUACAGAGAUGUGUCAAAUCAAAAAGUGUCAGUGAUAAGUGAGUGAGAGGAGUGGCAGCCAAUCACAGAGCAGCUUACAAACCUCUCGCUAGGCUCCAGGUGCAAGCUUCAACUGAAUGCACUAUAGUAUGCAUGAUCGUAGUAUGCAAGUCACCGAAAAUGCAAGAGGGGCUUACAAUAUAUUCAAGCCUUCGCAUUUGCAAAUUGGUCCUUAUGGUUCAAAGUAAAACAAAAGUGACAUUCCAGUCUUAUAUGCAUGUUACCCCUUUGAAAAUGCAAUGGACUGUUCUGAUGAUGCAGUUUAAAAACCAAAUUUUAUGUUAGACUGUCAAAGGAUUUUGAGAUGUUUGAGGCAGAUGGGAAAGAGAAGUCAUAUGAGAUGGGAAUGUCAAUUUUUACCAUGUCUUUGAAUUGUAAAUCACUUACCAUGAGAUUUAACUCACAGAUGUGGAGGCUUAUGUAUAUUGUAAGAUAGCCCUCAUAUUUUGGGCGAUUCACAUAGUACUUAACAUGCAUAUCAAGCAAUAAUACUAUAGUACCUCACUGGUAGUGGCUUCCACCCAUUGCAGCAGGUGUCUGGCUGCUUACUCCCUUCAGAGUGAAACUUAUUAGGCAGAUGUGUUAAUGCAAACAAUUAAACUUUUAAGGGAGGUUAGAUAGAUUUAUGGAUGGGGGAGGGGAGUUGGGAAACUACUAAUUUCUCAGGAUCAUCCACCUGUAGGCUACUGCCCUUUUGUAGUAUGUAGUUGUAUUAUAUCCUGUGUAUAUGCUUCUUCGAGGUCGGAUGUUAAUCUCUACCAUUUUUGUUCCAUCUCCCAGUUGCCACCUAUAUGCAAGUGCCUUGUCUGUCCAUGUACAGAGUAUGUAUCAGAUGUGUAAGGAGGCUCCACUCACAUAGGUAUUUUAAACAGAGUAGAGGCAAAUACCUUUUGCAUCAUUACCACCUUUCCUCUGUCUGACCAUCUUCAACUUCUCAAAGUCUGCCGUGAUAUUGCUUUCCUUACUAUCUUAUAUUAUUUUCAUGAUCAAAUAUUUAUCUUUUAAACUUGUCAACUGCAUGCUUUCACACCUGCACCCCCAUAGCAUAAACCUUUUUCCUCAACCUCAUCCCAAUGCUUAUCACUACAAGAGUGGGUUCUAUCAUUAAAAAGAAUGCAUUUAAAUAGCAGAGGUGGGCAAGUGUGGUACUUAGUGCGGUAGUACCGCAUCACAAAAAAGUACCGCACUACCACAAAAUUUCUGAAAAUACCGUGCUACCGCAGACCGUACUAAAAAAUCUUGUGGCACUUUUUUGCGUUACUUUGAAAACUAUCGAAGAAGACAUUUGCAGCGUGGCAUGCUCACAGAAUUUUUAUUUUUUUUAUGGUGAAUCGGAAUGCACACUUUCCGUCAUUAUUUCCUACAUAGCUCAUUCACAUAGGCAUACCAAAUAUAAUCACAUAAAAAAUAUAUUCUACAGUAGCUUCAUACAAGUAGGAAUCAUUGUAUUGAGGAAUAAGUUUUGUAUCUGUGGCUGUUGCGCUGAGUGUACAUACGUAGCCUACCCGUCGCUCCAAGCCCCAGAUACAUAAUUAUUGUCUUAUUCCUCAAUACAAUGAUUCCUACCUGUAUUCAGUUAUUAUAGAGUAUAUUUUUUUAUGUGAUUAUAUUUGUUAUGCCUAUGUGAAUGAGCUAUGUAGGAAAUAAUGACGGAAAGUGUGCAUUACUUUAUAGAUAGCCUACUAUCAUCGCCUUUGGUGCUCGUUUUGCAGGGCCCGUUCUCCCUUGAAAACUUGCAGUAUUAUGAUUGCACUUUGUUUCUUAAGUGAUGUCAUUGAUUGUUUAAGUAGUGUCGUUAUUCAAUUAAGUUUCGAAUAUUUUUUAAUCAUGAAAGAAGCUAGAUUAUCUCAAUCAUAUAUUUGGUACGUGUCUUUGAUACAAUCCAUGUCAUCAACAGCCAAUCAGGUGAAAGGGGGGCGGAGCUUAGCCAGAAUGGGGGAGGGGCUUCUCGGUGCAAAUUGGCUAAGCUAAUUUGGACCGACUAUACAUAUUUCUUACAACUGUUGCAAAUAAAUAAAUAAGCAGGUACCCUUCAAUUGGUCAUUUCUGUAACACUGUCAGUCAGUGCAUGACAUGGAACUGUUUAAGUGGAACUAAAGUAAGCUUACAGGAUAUAAAUUUGUAGCAGUUGGUUGCUUUUAUGCAUUUUUGCUCUGUAGUCUUUGAACUGCCAUCAUCAUCAUCAUCAUCAUCAGUGACCAUUGCCUGCAAAGCUUAGCCCUUUCCAUACGUGACGCAGACAUCGGCGUCACAGUAUGGAAAGGGUCAAGAGGAAAUGGAAGAGGAUUAAUCCUCCUCGAAACCUUUCAAUCCUCCUCUAAAUUCCUCUUAAUCCUCUUCCACUUCCUCUUAAAGAGGUUAAGAAGAGAAUUAAGAGGAAAUGGAAGAUUAAGAGGUUUAGAAGAGGACUAAUGGUGAUGACAUCGGAUGCCCUGCAGAUGCAGACAUCGCCGGAUUGAAGGGGUGAAGGUAGAUACAAUCAUGUGACAGUGGUUUAAGGCAAAAACAAAGUUUAGGAUGAAAUAAAUCUAACUCUAUCCUGUAAUGUACGAUAUAAAUCCCACAAGUUGCUAUGUGCAACAUGCAGUAGAAUAUGGGCACAUGUACCCCUAAUCCCAAAAAUUUUGACAAUUUCCUGUGUGUGAAAAUGUGGUAAUUACAUAUAUCAAUUUUAAAAUAACUGAUGUCUUCCAAAAUAAACAACUAGCUGUUAUUACAUGGCAAGGCGGGUUUUCUAAUGCUGUUCCACGCUAGUAAUGGGUAAAACCUGUAGAUGAUCAUUCAUUAAUUGUAUGUUUCUUCCUUGAACUUGUUUUUUUCACCUUCCUUUUAUGAUCAAACUCCUCUAUACAGUCAAAGGGUAGUUUUGUUACUGCAAACUAGGAGCAUGCCUUCUAGUGAUGUUGAUAAAGUCAUCUACUUUGUAUUUGCUUUGUUGAGGUAUUUGGUCCUCAGCACCUCUCUAACUGGUAUCUUCUGAAGUUUUGUGUAACAUUAAUUGGGUAGGGUCACUUCAUACAGUUGCAUUAGAAAGGAGUGAAUGAGUAAAUCAAUGUAUGUACAUUAAGAGGAUAAACUUAAGAAAGCAGAGCAUUAAUUUCAAAAUGCUGCCAAAAAACGUGUGGUAUGUAUGAUUACACGACCUUGUGUGCUUUUUCUUUUGUCACAGGUUCAGUCUCUGGUACCUCCCUUGCUUUGCAAUUCUAAGUCUGGUAUUAUUAGUAGUCAGUUUAUAAAAUCAUAUUUGUGAGGACAGAUGGUGUUCACUUAAUGCUUAUCAGAUUUUAUAUUGCUAAUAGGAUUAAUCUUUUCAUGAUAAGGCCAUAAAUCCAAAAAGGAUGCGAGGUGGUGAGGGCAGUUUAAUGAAGGAUAGUAUUUGACAAUUUUUACAGGGAGGGGUUUGGCACCUCCCCUCAGCUCAAUCUCUGGUAUUACAUAUUGCAAGUUCAUUAAAAACAUUAAUGUGUACUUAUAUAAUAGUAGUCAAAGGUAAAUGGCAUCAUUUAUGUACUUAUCAAUAAAUGGCAUCAUUUAUGGACUAAUCAAUGUAUCAAUAGUUUUAAGAUUUCCCAGGAUUAUUUUUUUUUUGCUCAAGCUACAGCAUGAACCAUAAGACUGAGAUACAAGUGACUAAAGCAACAAAGUGCAAAGUUAAAAAAAAGUAAUGUACAGCCCUUGGCUUACUUUAGAUGGUUAUUGUACCUCUGGAAUGUAUAAAUAUGUAAAUAUAUGGAGGACAAAUG